AUGGCCUCGACGAAACCCACCUGCCGCUGGGGCAUCAUCACAACUGGUAUGAUUGCCUCAUGGUUUGUCACCGACCUCCUCAUGCCGCGGGAUGAUGCCAAGGCCAAACACGUCAUCCAGUGCAUCGGGGCGUCGUCUAUUCAGAAGGGUGAGGACUUUGUCGCGAAGCACAUGAAUGGUGCCCCCAAGCCUACUCUCUAUGGUAGCUACGAGGAGGUCUACAACGACUCCAAUGUCGACGUUGUCUACAUCGGAACUCCACAUGGCUUCCACAAGCGCGAUUGCCUAAAUGCCAUUGCCGCCGGAAAGAAUGUUCUUUGCGAAAAGGCUUUCACCAUCAACGCUAAGGAGGCUCGAGAGGUUCUUGAAGCUGCCAAGAAGAAAGGCGUCUACCUUGCCGAGGCCAUGUGGCUGCGUCACAGGCCAAUCGUUGCCGAUCUGCGCCGCAUGCUAUACGAGGAAAAGGUCAUUGGCGACGUGUGGCGAUUCCAGGGCGACUUCUAUGACCAUAUCGACAUCCCAAGUCUUCCCUCGACGUCACGAUACCGUAACCCCGAUCUCGGUGCAGGGUCCCUGCUUGACCUGGGUAUCUACACGCUCACCUGGGCCAUCCUCAUGCUUGACCCGAAGACGCCGGCUUCGAGUGAGAGCCCGACUGUCCGUGCCGUACAGUCAUUUGUCAUGGAUAUCGAGUGCAGCACCAGCAUCCUGCUUAGAUACAGCAGUUCUGGUCGUCAAGGAGUUGUUACCUCCACCACCAAUGCUUCCCGUGGAAACCCUUACACGUUUGCCACCAUUGAGGGCUCCAACGGUUAUAUCACAAUUGAAGGACGUGUGCCUUCUCACCCCGACGCCUUCUACGUUCAUCCCAAGCAGAACGGCGCCGCCAAAUCUGAAGGAAAGAAGUACGACUACAGGAAGCCAUUCCAGGGAUUCCCGUACGAGGCCGACAAUACAGCACUCGACGUGGCCGCUGGCCGAAAGGAAAGUGAGAUUAUGCCUUGGUCAGAGACCAUCCGCGUCAUGGAGAUCAUGGAUGAGGUGCGACGCCAGGGUGGUACUGUCUACCCUGCCGACAAGUAG